AUGGACCACCUGCAGGAUUCUAUGCAUGUUUGGGAGAAGCCUGCGUCAAUAGGGGACGGACACGAAGACCGACCGCGGAAGAAACGUCGCAAGUACAUUGCACGUGCUUGCAAUGAAUGCAAGCGCCGCAAGAUCAAAUGCAAUGGCGAGACGCCAUGCCAUCGCUGUGGGCGACAGCGCAUUGAAUGUGUUUACGUGGAGAACACACCCCAAGAAAGUGUUGGCGAACAAGAGAAUUUCGAACGACUGUUUGAUCAAAUGCGCUCCAUGCAGGACCAGAUUAUGUCGCUAUCUGCAGCUGUCCGCUCAGUGACGCAUAGCGACGCGUCUCCUCUUACUGGAACUCGGCCUAGCGUGGUUGGAACUGUAACAGGAUCCUACGGGUCAUUACCAGCUCAAAGAUCCAUACGACGGGUAUCGACCGCUCGCGAGACACCAUUCCAGGGCCCGACAACCUCGGCAUUUAGCUUCGACCUUGCCAAGUCCAGUUUGCAACAGCGUGGAAUAGUUGAACGCAAUGAAGCAGGCGACGAAGGUGAUGUCACUCAAGAACCAUCGCCGUUGGCGUCACCGUCUGCUCCCAAUCGUGAAUUGGAGGUCCGACAAGCGGUGGACCCGCUUUGGAAUCUUUCCAAGGACGAAGCAUUGCGACUCUGUCGAGUUUAUGAAGAGGAAAUGGGGAUCAUGUACCCUGUUUUGGAGCUCUCCGAGCUGUUGGAUCAAGUUCAUCGACUCUACGGUUUGAUAGAUAGUUCCACGAGACCGAAAGACUUCACUGGUGCUCAUAGCACGUUGGACCGGGAAGAUGUCUCCAUUCUUCGAUUGGUGUUUGCGUGUGCUCUGACUGCGGAGGCUAGUGGCCGCAGCGAACAGGCCACUGCACUAUUCGACAGCGUACGUGAUGUACAAGACAAUUGUGUCUGGGGUCCUCCCGAAAUUAAGAGCAUUAUAUUCUUGACACUGGUGUCUAUAUUUUAUUUUCAAGGAGAUGAAGAGACUCUUGCCUGGCGUACCAUUGGGAUUGUCGAGCGCAUGUGUCUAGAGAAAGGACUUCACCGACGGGAAACAUUGAAUCAACCGGCUAUCGAAGCGGAAGGCAAGGACCGAGUACUUCGGCUAUUUUGGUCUAUCUAUAUUCUUGACAUGCGAUGGAGCUUUGGAACAGGCAUGCCCUUCGCUCUUGAGGAUACCGAUAUUGACCCCUGGCUUCCAGAGCCCGAAGAAAAAACACCAUACCUGCGCGUCAUGAUCCGCUACAGCCGCAUCGCUGCCAAGGUGUGGAAGUUCAUAUCUGCUUUCAACAACACGAAUGAGAUCAAGAAAGAGGAAAUGAAUUAUCUGGAUUGGCAAGUCCUUAGUUGGGCUCAGAAUAUCCCAGAUUCGUUACGACUGGAUCAUCCCAGCACCCCAGAAACAGGGCCCGCUGUCGAUGGCCCACGAAGUCUGCGACGUCUUCGUGCAUUAUUAUACCUACGAGCCAAUCAACUCCGAAUGCUCAUCCAUCGCCCUGUACUGCAUACAGCGGCCCAUAUUUUGCGAUGUCCCAGCGAGUCUGAGACAGUAGUCAAAAUCGCCAAAGAUACCAUCCGCUUCAUCACCCGCCUCAACGAAACAUCGGAUAUCUAUCAGCUACAGCAGGUGACUUUCAAUUGGUUUUUAGUGUCUGCCCUGGCCGUCCUGUUUCUUGCUGUCUCCCAAGCGCCGACGCAAUUCAGCGGGUCGUGCAAAGAGGAGUUUUACUUUGCAUUGGAGCUAGUCAAGGGAUUUUCUACUCAAUCCUACAUCUCGCGAAGACUGUGGAAGUCCAUUCGCAGCCUUCGCAAGCUCGGUCCCCAGUUAGGAUUGGGAGGGCACAGAACCCGCCCAGAUCAUACCACCGUUGAAAAAGAACAUGUGCCGGAAAUUUUGGAUGGCAGAUCGCCAGUGCCACCAGCACAAUGCUCGAGCAUUAACAGCCAGACACCGCUUGAUGGAGCACAGAUGACGCAAGAACUUAUGGAGUGGUUUGAAGCGGUCGGAAACCUCGAGGAUCAGAUUAUGGGAGUGGGAGCCGGGCCGAUUCCAGAGGAGGGACCUUGGCAACAAAUGCCGAAUGGGGCCUUUAUGUUUGACUAUGGGGGAGAACUGUCUAGUGUGAUGAAGGACUGUUUCUGA